GUGAUCCUGAUUCUGACCAAYCUUUACGACUUUCACCUGGGGAGUGUUACAGAGAGCACCUUGUGGAGAUCAACAGACUAUGGCUCCACCUAUGAGAGGAUGAAUGACAAAGUGGGAUCUAAGACGGUCCUGAGUUACCUGUAUGUCUGUCCAUCCAAUAAGAGAAAGAUAAUGGUGCUGACAGACCCUGAGUUUGAGAGCAGUGUGCUCAUCAGCUCGGAUGAAGGAGUGAGCUAUCAGAAAUACCGCCUCAGCUUCUACAUCCUAAGCCUUCUGUUCCAUCCAACACAGGAGGAUUGGGCUCUAGCCUACAGCCACGACCAGAAGUUGUACGCAUCCUUGGACUUUGGGAGAAAAUGGCAGCUGGUUCAUGGCAUGUGAACAGGUUCUACUGGUCUGUAACGGGUCUAGACAAGGAGUCAGAUCUGGUUCACAUGGAGGCACACACCCCCAAUGGACGUUACUACAGCAGGACAGGCCAGCUAUUAUGUGUCCUACCAGAGGGAUCCAUUCCUCAAAAUCAAACUGCCCAAAUAUUCUCUGCCUAAG